GAGCGGGGGCACAGGCGGGCGGAGGAGCUGAGGCGCAGGGGCAUAGGAGGAGAAGCGGCAGGGGGCGGAGGAGGGGGCGGGGGAGACGGACGAAGCAGCGACGGGCGGAAGAGACGAGUGGAGGCGCAGGCAUAGCGGAGGAGCAGCGACGGGCGGAGAUAGGCGGAGGCGACAGGCAAAAUAGCGACGGGCGGAGGCAUGGGGGAAUGAAGACGAGCGAAGAAGCAAGGAUGGGAGGGAAAAGGGUUAUUUUUGAAAUAGAAGAAAAAGAAAAAAGAAAAAGAAUUUUAUACACACACAUACUGGUAGGUAGAGGAGGGAUUGAACAAAUAGUAGAAUCCCUUUUCCCAGUAUAUUUAUAUUACACAUCUAUUUAUGUUAAACCCAAUAUACUUUCCAUGAUAUAACAGUCCCCUGAUCGACUGCCCAAAUCUAAUAUGAUAUCGAUUGAGAUAUUCUGAUGGUUGUGACAGCAACUGACCUCGUCGGAUGGAUGGAUAGAUAUUUGAUUCGCACGCAUGGAACUGCCAUAUCUUCCUCCUAUUUAGGUAUUUAAUUUAAUUUUCCAUUCUCUUUCCGUCAAAAGGAAAAGAAAUCUCUGGCAACAUCGUCGUCGUCAUUGCCCUUUUGGGUCUCACCAGUCACCGCAAAAUAAAGCUCGCUUAUAUGGAUAUCUGCUACUCUCAACCUGUUUUAUUUUGUGGAAUUCCUACUCAAUGGAGUCCAACCUUAUUGCUAGUUAUGUUUUCACAAUAGUCAAAUGUUCAAGUGGUGUCUAGACACCACUCCAUAGACUGGGUAUUUUCCAUGUUUGGUAUGCUUUUAACAGGAUAUGGCUGAUUUUGCAGCAGUUUCAGGUUGCUGGCAGUCAUUUUCAUCUUGAAAAAGAAAGUCUUAUGGAUGAUUUGCCAGAUCAGCUAGUAUGGGAGAUUUUGAGCAGGAUUAAGAAAACCAUAGAUAGAAACUCUCUAUCUUUGGCAUGUAAGCGUCUCUAUCAUUUGGACAAUGAAGAAAGAAAAUCACUUCGAGUUGGUUGUGGACUAGACCCAGCGAAUGAAGCUUUGAUUUCCCUCUGCAACAGGUUUCCGAACUUGACAAGAGUAGAAAUAAUUUAUUCAGGUUGGAUGUCUAAAUUAGGGAAACAGUUGGAUGACCAAGGACUUCUUGUCCUUUCAAACAAUUGCUCUUCUCUGAGUGAUCUCACUUUAAGUUACUGCACCUUCAUCACUGAUGUGGGUCUUGGCUACCUGGCUUCUUGCUCCAAACUUUCUUCCUUAAAGUUGAAUUUUGCCCCAAGAAUCAGUGGUUGUGGCAUAUUGUCUCUUGUUGUGGGUUGCAAGAACCUCAGAAAUCUACACCUUAUUCGAUGCCUAAAUGUGAGCAGUGUUGAGUGGCUAGAAUACCUUGGCAAGCUUGAAAUACUAGAAGAUCUCUCCAUUAAGAAUUGCCGGGCAAUUGGGGAAGGUGAUUUAAUUAAGCUUGGACCUAGUUGGCGGAAAUUAAAGCGAUUGCAGUUUGAGGUGGACGCUAAUUAUCGUUAUAUGAAGGUUUAUGAUCGGUUAGCCGUAGAUAGAUGGCAGAAGCAGUGGGUUCCAUGUGAAAGUAUGCAAGAGCUUAGCCUGGUGAAUUGCAUCAUCAGUCCAGGGAGGGGCCUUGCUUGUGUUUUGGGCAAGUGCAAGAACUUGGAGAAGAUUCACUUGGACAUGUGUGUUGGGGUGAGGGACUGUGAUAUUAUAGGCUUAGCUCGAAAAUCAGCUAAUCUUCAGUCCAUUUCUCUCAGAGUCCCAUCAGACUUCUCACUUCCUCUUCUGGUUAAUAAUCCAUUAAGAUUAACAGAUGAAAGUUUAAAAGCAGUAGCAGAAAACUGUUCUCAUCUGGAAUCAGUUAGAUUAUCCUUUUCUGAUGGAGAGUUCCCUUCAUUUUCUUCAUUUACUCUACAUGGAAUCUUGAUGUUAAUAAAAAUGUGCCCAAUUCGAGAACUUGCUCUUGAUCAUGUCUAUUCUUUUAAUGAUGUUGGGAUGGAAGCACUCUGUUCAGCUGAGCACCUGCAAAUCCUAGAGCUUGUGAGAUGCCAAGAGAUGACCGAUGAAGGACUGCAGCUUGUGAGCCAGUUUCCUCAGUUGUGUGUCUUGCGACUUAGCAAGUGUUUAGGAAUCACCGAUGACGGGUUAAAGCCACUUGUAGGAUCAUAUAAACUGGAACUGUUGGCUGUUGAUGACUGCCCGCAAAUAUCUGAGCGGGGUGUUCAUGGAGCUGCAAAAUCUGUAAGUUUUAAGCAAGACUUGUCAUGGAUGUACUGAAUUUCCAAUGCAAAGACAUGGAAGUGACUUUAUGAUCUUUGCACAACCUUUCUUUUCUUUUCUUUUCCCCUCCCCAACCGUGUUGACAGCAAUGUGUGAAUCUUGUAAUUAACUCUUGUUUGUUGUAUAAAUUCAUCAUUCAUAUCGUCCUUGCUUUUUAUUGUGUCAUCUUGAUUUGUGAAUGUAGCCAACCCCAUAUAGUGGGAUAAAUAUUUGAUAUGCCUUGUUACUUUGAGUUGUGAAUGAUAAAGAAGUGCACUAGUGCCGUGUUCUUGGAGAACAGCCAA